GAUGCAUCCCCUCCGGUUAAUUAUUAUGCAAUCGAAAUUUGUCUGGCUAGCAUAUUAUUUUCUGUUUACUAUCGCUCAUGCUGCAGUAUCUGCAGAUCCAUACAACUAUCGCAACAUCAACAGGACUUAUUCGCCUCAAAAAGAAACCAAUAUCACAACGCUUCAAGCCUUUGUCAAAUCACGAUCCGAUCUUAGCAUCUUAGCCACUGAACUAGAGAAGUGCGGUGGUUUCGUAGAGGCAUUCGACACGACUCCGACGUGGAAAUUCACCUUUUUUGCCCCAAACAAUAACGCAUUCAAUAAUACAGGGGAAUAUUUCACGACGAAAGAGGUAACCCCAAAGGGCAAGUGGUGGAUUGGAAAUACAAUCAUCAAUCAUUACGUCCCAAAUACGAUAUUGAAAACAUCCGCGUUUAGUGAAGAAUACCAGCGGUUUCAGACGGCCUCAUUUCUGUAUGUUGGAGCGCAGGUGGUUGGCACAAACAAAACCCUAACUCUUAACAACGUCGCCAACGUGGUUGAGGGUGACUUGGAAAUUACCGAGGGGGUGGUUCAUAUUAUUGACAAAAUUUUAGAUCCGUCUGCGCAGAUUUACGAAAGUGAUUCGGCAAAGAUCUCACAGGCUUUUAUUCCUGGAAGUUGUUCGAAUCUAAAUUUGCCAUAUUGCUGAAGAGCAUAGAACCAUGCAACUAGGAAUAGCUUUGCAUUCUUAAUUGAUUGUGAAAUAUGGCCGAUGAACAGAGGAAAAGACUAUAUUGCUCUAUUAUUUUAGAAUUAGUAUCGAUCGAUGAGCAAACCAUAUUAAUUGCGAAGACACACCAGUGCUAUUUUUUAGUCUGUAGUUAAAUGACCGCUUCAUAAUAUCACAAUACGCU